AUCGCAACCCGCAACAUGAUCCCCGGCGAGUCCGUCUACGGCGAGAAGCGCAUCAGCGUUGACGAGACCGUCGAGAACAGCGACGGCACAACCACCACCACCAAGGUCGAGUACCGACUUUGGAACCCCUUCCGAAGCAAGCUGUGCGCUGCCAUUGCCGGUGCAUCCUUGCAGAUGCGCGGUGGCUCGCGCGUCCUCUACCAUGGCGCUGCCUCCGGUACCUCCGUCUCACACGUUGCUGACCUGGUUGACCCUACUGGCUUUGUCUACGCCGUUGAGUUCUCUAACCGCUCUGGCCGUGAUCUCAUCGCCAUGGCUGCCAAGCGCCCCAACGUUGUCCCCAUUGCCGAUUAUAUAACCUCUAUCAGAGGCUGGGGCAUAGCCUUUUAUUGA